GGGACGGGACGGGGCGGCCGCUGCCCCGCUCUGCUCCGCCAUCUCCCCCAUCUCCCCCGCGGCGACAAGGACGGGCCCGGCGGGGCGGGGGCUGCGGCCGCAGGGCUCCUCCGCUCGGCAGGGCUCAGAGAUGGAUUCGUCAGAACAAUCGACAACGAGAAGUGAGCAGAAGUCCAGGAAGUUCUUAAAAAGUCUUAUAAGAAAGCAGCCUCAGGACCUUCUUCUUGUAAUUGGAACUGGGGUAAGUGCUGCAGUAGCACCAGGAAUCCCAGCUCUGUGCUCUUGGAGAAGCUGCAUCGAGGCUGUGAUUGAAGCAGCUGAACAGCUGGAAGUUCUUCAUCCGGGAGAUGUUGCUGAAUUCCGUAAAAAAGUAAUCAAAGAUAGAGACCUGCUUGUGGUGGCACAUGAUCUCAUCAGGAAAAUGUCACCACGCACUGGGGAUACAAAGCCCAACUUCUUCCAGGAUUGCUUAAUGGAGGUGUUUGAUAAUUUAGAGCAACACAUUCAGAAUCCCAUCAUUCUGCAGUCGAUCCUGAGACUUAUGGAGAGAGGCACAAUGGUUCUUACUACAAACUAUGAUAAUUUACUUGAACUCUUUGGUCACCAACAGGGUAAACCUAUGGAAUCUCUAGACUUGAAAGAUAAGGAUAAGGUUCUUCAGUGGGCAAGGGGUCAUAUCAAACAUGGAGUCCUUCAUAUUCAUGGCUUAUAUACAGAUCCCUGUGGAAUGGUGCUAGAUCCCUCGGGAUAUAAAGAUGUGACUCAAGAUCCUGAAGUCAUGGAAGUUCUUCAAAAUUUGUAUCGGACCAAAUCUUUUUUGUUUUUGGGCUGCGGAGAGACUCUGCGUGAUCAGAUAUUUCAAGCUCUUUUUCUUUAUACUGUAAAGAAUAAAGUGGAUUUAGAACAUUAUAUGUUGGUGCUUAAGGAAAAUGAAGACCACUUUUUUAAGCUCCAGGCAGAUAUGCUGCUGCAUGGAAUAAAAGUCGUGUCCUACGGGGACUGCUUUAAACAAUUCCCAGAGUAUGUACAAGAUCUGACUGCUCAAAUCUGCAAGCAGAGAAGUCCAGAUGCUGAGAGAGUGGACAGCACAACCUUAUUGGCAACUUCAUGUUUGGACUGUGCUAAAAGGAAGUUAGGAGAAAAUGGCAUUGACUCUCCUAAGAGAAUCAAGCAGUCAGAUAAUGUCAUACCCACUACUUAAUGAAAAAAAAAAACAACCCACAAUGCAUCCCGGAAUCUUUUUUAACAGUAGGUGUUUUACAUCUGCUGCAUGAACAGUUUAGAGCUGAGUAUUUCCAUGGUUUUAAGUGGAAUAAAAAUUGUUUAUCUUAGCCUUUUCUUUCUCAAAGCUGUAAAUGUGUAAUGUAUGUAAAGCUUGAGAGGCAUAGUAGUCGCUGUCCCUGCACUUCAGUACCACUAAACUGUGUCUGCAGGGUCACUUAGAAGGAGGUGCAAGUUCUCUGCCUGUGCUUCAAGCCAGUUGGACCAAGCUGUUACUAUGAUGAAGCCACAACAGAGGUGAUGUUUGUCAGCAAUUACUUUUGGCACACCUGUGACUGUCUGUUAGUUGCCUUUAAAAUGAAGGGUUUUCUAUUAUUUUCUCACCAGCAGAACCACAGUGAAGCUGCUGGAGGUUGAACUCUUCAGGUGUCUGUCAGCACAAGGCUGCUCACAAGCUUCAGAUUCAGAGCCCCAAGCUGUUAGGAACAGGAAGAAUUGUUUCACAUUCAUAGAAGCAGCAUCACCAUAACCUGCCUAUUUUCCACGUCUAGCAUGAGUAUUUUCAUUUAUCAGCCUGUUAAAGGCAUGAGAUGACAUGGGGAGAAAAGGAUGUCAUAUGAAUGUUAUCAGUGAGGAUAUACCAUAUAUACAGGGGGGCUUACUGAUGUCUUUGCAGUGAAUUUCUAUUUUAAAUAUUGUUUAAAUCAGAGAGUAUGCUGCUCUCAGAAAGCAGAACAUGGAUAGUCCUAAUGCAGCAGAAUUAAAACCAGUUAGUAUCAACUUACAUGUGUGUAGACAGUUUCUAGUGUGUAAGUUUGACUUCAGUUGAACUAAUGAAAUUACUAAGGUCAGGGUCUGCGUUAACCCCGUUUUUUUUUCUGAGGUUCUGUUACUUCACCUACCACUGAAUUGCCUCAGCACUAAACUGACAUAAUUAAUGGUCCAGUUGCUAACACUGGUAAUCUUCUGGCUGCCUCUCACCUCCAUGUCUGCAGGGGAGCAUGUUCAGGACCAUUCUUUGUUCUGAUACCAGCACAUUCAUAUCUGGCAGGCAUGGAAGGUUCUUUCAGUCAGGUUCCUCUGCUUAUGUUCCCUGUGGGUAGGAUGUAUUACAAGGUUUUACAGGGAAUGGAAGUGAUGGGGCUGGCAGAUGACCUUUCCCUCUAUUGUGGUAUGGCAGCUCUUCACUCCGAUGUCACAUGGAUGCGUGAAAAUGACAAGCUGAAAAGCAAGGUUCAUGCUUCUUUGCUAGACUGGUAAGUGUUCCAAGUUGAUCCAUCAGCAUCCAAAAUAGCAUGCCUGAUCAGUCAUGCUAUUUUGGAAGCUGAUGAAUCAGCUUAGAACACUUAAAUUGUUGCUUCAAGCUGCAGCAAAAUUUAAUCAGUUGAGCUGAGCUACUUAUGACCCUGAUUACUGCAAUUAUUUAAGCCCAAGCCUCAACUCCUGUAACUCUGUGUCUUGUGCCUGAAGUCAGAUCCACAUUAGGAAAUCACAUCCCCCUCCCUUUGUUAAGGAUCAGCUUACACCCAGUAGUGGUGAUUCUUCUGUUUUGUAGACACUGCUGAACUGCAACUCAUACAACAGUCUCCCCUGACUCAAGUGCCCUUUAUUUGUAUCCUGAAAAGCCAAUGAGUAAGUAAGGGGUUAUUUUAAUUCCUAACAUACACAUUAAGAAGGUACAAAUGCUUAGUUCUGGUUUUGUUCCUCCCGCCCACAACCAAAUAAUACAUUUUUAUCAUCUUAGGGAUGGGAUUGCCUUGUAGCUACCUCAGGGUUUAAAAUACAGUCAAAAGGGACAGAACCAGAAACUUGUCAGUUCCAUUUAUCUGUUAAUUGAAAAAGUAACUUAUUUAAGGCCCUGUUCAAAUUAUUACCCAAGUACCAUGAAAGAACCAACCACACACAGUCCUGUUAAAUUGUUUGCUGAUUGUAUGAUCAAUGGCUGUUUCUAGUUAAUUAUUUUUUAAAAUGGGAGUAAGAUAUUUACUGAAAACAAUCUUGUUGACCACUUAUUAUCCUGUUUUGCUCAAGCUGUGCUUUUAUUAAAAUAUUUAAAGCCAAA